AUGCCAGCCGCCGGGCAGAACUUGCGGCCCUUCAUCCGAGAGCCGGGGAAAAAGUCCCGCACUCCCCCGCGGCCGGAGGCCUCGCCUGCGCCGGUCCCGCCGCCUUCGACGACGACGACGACGAAGACGACGUCGCCGCCCCUUCGCGCCAGGUGCCCCCUCCGCGCCGCGCCGGCGCAAGCGGAGAUCUGUGGCCCCUCUCCUCCCACCGGACGCGACGCCCCGCGCCACGCGCCUCGCCCCACGUUGGGCGCCAAAGCUCCAACGGACUACGAGGCCUCGGUGGGACUGCAGCUUCAGCCGCAGCCGCCAGGUGUCGGGGCAGUUCCCUCGGUGAUGGCGGUGGCGGGGUAUCUGGUUGCCUGGUGACUGGUGUGCACUGCCAUGUACUCUUGAAUGUAUUUGGUGUAUUCCUAAUCACACAGUGUAUUUAUUUGCCAGACAUGACGAGUCGCUGUGCGACGACUUGGAGAUAUUUUUAUCGUCUCAAGAAAGAAAGGGAGAGAGAGAAAGAGAGAGAUUUCCGACUUCCUUUUUUUGGAUAAUUUUCAAUCUUCCGCGUACGUUGUGUAUGUACGGACGUUUUCGGCCACGAUCGCGAGUUCUUGGGUACGCUCGGCUACCGCCGCGAGCGACCGAGGCCACCCCCACGGCGAUCGGCGACGAGAGCGGCCGCCCGCCCUCCACGCCCUUGCCGGCCCUUCGCCCCUCUCUGCUGCGCCUCCCGGUCAUUGCGACCGGACUCGUGCCCUUCCCGCCGCCCCCGCGCAGGCUGCCUGCGCAUGCGCCGGGGCGCGAACACACUCAACCUCUUCGCUCCUUCCCGCGCUUUUGCGCCUCACUGUACCACGCCCGUGCGAGUUUGGAGUCUGCCUAUAGAGAAUUAAUUGUUCACACGAGAUUUUGGUCGUGUCGUAUUUUUUAGAAGGUUAUAUUGCCUUCGUAUGAUUGCAAUUGGUUUGUUUAUGAAUUACCGACUUUUGGACAUCAUUAUGAUCAUUAAUAUCUCAUCUAAUAAAAUAAUUACUUCAAAAUUUGAGAGCUCAGCGCUCUAUUAAAACACCAUAAAAUCAUUAUUUGUGAACUGUGAAACAAUUUAGAAUUUAAUGGAUAUUUUAUUGGUUUCUUUUAUUGGAAUCUUGAAAUUAUAGUCAUACACAUACCACCCUCAAAAAAUGUGUUGUUUUAUAUUUUGUAGAUAUUUCACUCCUUAGGAGUCUAGCGUCUAAAAAAACAUCAAAUAUCAAAAUCGUUGUAAUUUAAUAAACAGUCUAAAACUCUUUUGGUAAUAUAAAACAUAUUUGUAUUUAGUAAUUAAUCUUUCAAAAGUUUAUUACUCAAUUUUUGACAACAUAUCUAAAUUCAAAAAUUGACAUGUGUAACAAUUCAAUACACGAAUUAUUUUUUAUCAGUGGUUAACGUUUGAGGCCGUUAUUUAACAUUCGAAAAGUUUGUAAAGAAAGAAGAAAUCGAUUUGCAUCAAAUAUAUCAACAAAAAUACACAAUAUUAUAGAAUUAAAUGAGUACUGACAUUUCUCCAAGAAAUAAAAAAACCAGACGAAUAUUAUGGGCGCGAUAAUGUGCAUAAAAGUUCAUAUUGAAGCAACGGUUAGGGUUGCUGUACAUCGUCGCAUGGCGAGGCGUGGCGACCCGGCCACGCCCCCGUCGCAGAAAGGCAGCCGCGGCGCGGGCGUGGGACCGGCUGUCGCCAUCGCUGCAGUCAGGCGGUUGCAUUAAGGGCUUUGGAGACGCUCACCUCAAUAAGAAAUAUUGUAAGCGCCUAGACUACGGAAACUAUCGCGUCUCGAGUCGUCUCUAAUAAUAAAAGAAGGUCAAAAAGAACUGUCUGUGCGGGUCUCAAUAUAUCAGACAUAUACGUUGGUACACAAGCGCGAUUUUUUAUAAAUUCACAUUUUCCGCGAAAGACGUAUGAGGAUGAGUGGAAUCUUCAACUUCAUUGGGUCAUCAUAUGUUAUGAUGUCAGAUGUUUAUUCGGGUAACUAGUUCUUUUCGAAGCCUGAGAGAUACAAUCUCUGAUUUCGAUGCUGCUUCGAUGACCCUCAAGUGUUAAGGCGUAGUGUGAAUUUUUAAUCUGAUUACUACGUUCAUUAAUUAUUAUCUUUAUAAGCUGCUGCAAGCACAAACAAUAUUUCUCUAUAGUCAAAUGGUCAGUGCACUUGCACUGUAACAUUUGCCUAGUUUUCUAUGACGUUGAAGACGUCAGUUAAUUGCUAUUACGAGUUUGUCUUUGAAGCGCCUAUCAAAUUCUUGCCUGUUGUAAUCCAGAACGUUGAUGCAGUUCAAAUAAUAUAUUUGCCAGAUGUUAUAUCGCUUCCAAGAAGUUUAUUGACGCUGAGUUAUAGGUUCUUUCGUAAUAGGCAAUUCCGACCAACGUGACUUGACUACAAAAUUAUCAUUCUUUUCUUAAACAGUAAAUAAACAAAUCCCCUUUGCGCGUCUUUUCUCUGUAGGGAAGUUUGUUGUUUCUUACACGACCAAGAAACGCGUGGAAUGCCCCAUGAAUAGCAGAGUAUGAUAAAAACAAUAUUUAGAAACUGCGAAGAAAGAAACAUUAUGUAGGAAGAAAAUUCCUUUAUGCAUACUGAGAACGGCAAGGUGUGGUACUUCUAACAACCUCUCUCUUCAAACCACCUCGUAUAUUUUUGCCGCUUUUUUUAAUACCACGCGAUUUCUUCCCAAACCUCGUUUUUUCAUUUUCCGAGCCCGUUUUCCUCAAUUACCGGCGUUUGCAGUGGCCCACCACUUCUUCCCAGCUCCCCUCUUCAGCCCCUCCUUCCAAAUUACGUCUUCAACCUUCUUUUUAUUCGCGCCUCCUGCUCCCUCUUCGUCGUCCUUUGGCCCGCGCUUGGAGGUCCUGGGCACCCGCGCCCCCUGUACAUACCCCCGUAGCAUGUACAUACGUGCGAGUGGGAGCCCGCUCUCUCUUUUCGCUACGCUGUAACAAGAAUAAUAAAAAUAAUACUAACAUUAAUAACACAUUGAUAAGUUAAAAAAUAAAGAGGAAAAAACUCGUGAACUCCAAGAGUUUCAAAGCUAUAUAAGAAAAGGGAAAUUUUAUAUCGCUCAUAGAUUUCAUAAGUUUAUUAUUCUGAUUACAUCUCUGGCUUAGUGUGCGUUUUCGCCGCCGGCGGGCGCUACCGCCGGCCGCGCGGCGCGGCGGCG